ACUUGCUUGUCACCUGUGCAGCUUUUAUAAGGUUUGAAAUUAUCCUCAAAUUUAAUUUAAUUUUGUUAUACAAUAAUUUAGUUAAAAAAGAAAACCACAAUAUGUCGAAAAAGAAAGGAAACAAAAAAAAUCAAGAUUUAGAUGACGAUUUCGAUGAAAAGCCUUCAGUCGUGAAUGAAAAGACAGAACUAACCUCUAAAAAUAAAGGAAAAGGCAAGAAGAAGAAUAAAACUGGAGAUUGUAGCGAUAGCGACGAAGAGAACAUAAAGAAAGUUCCAGUUUCAGACGAAGAGGACGUCCCGAAACCGGCUGCCAAAAAGUCACAAAAGAAAGGAAAGAGUAAAAAAAAGGGUGCUGAUAGGUCAGACGAUGAAGAGGAUGAUAACAAAUCCAUUAUCAACAAUACAACAAAUGUUUCAUCAAAGCCAGCUAAACUUGCAAAAAAGAAAAAAGGGAAAGGUAAGAAAGAUGAUGAUUGGUCUUCGGAAGGCAGUGAUGUAGAUCUCAAAGUGGCUUCAGAUGAAGAUGUUGCAAAGCCUGUUGGUAAGAAGAAAACUAAAAAUAAAAAGAAAAUUAUAGAAGCUCAAUCAUCUGAUGAGGAUGAUGACCAUGAUGACACAAAAUCAGUUGUCAGCAAUGUCUCAAGUAAUGCUCCCGAGAAAGCCAAUAAACAUACUAAAGCCAAGGGUAAAAAGGAUGACUGGCCUGAUGAAGAAAGUGACAAAGAAUUGAAAAUUGAAGCUUCAGAAGAUGAUGAAUUAGUCAUACCUUUAGUAAAAAGUAAAGGAAAACAUAAAAAGAAGAAUAAUAUGGACGAUAUUGAGGCAGAGUUAAAGAAAUUUGAAAUAAAAGAUCCAGAGCAUGAAGAGAAAUCGCUAAAGGGCAAAGAUAAAAAGAAAAAGCGACAAGAAGAUGAAUCCAUUGUUGAAGAAAAAGAUGACGAUAAGGUGACAGAAUUGCCUUCAAAAGAAAAAGAAGAUUCUGUAGAAAAGAAAUUGAGCCACAAAGAAAAGAAGAAACUGAAGAAACAGCAGGAGUAUGAGAAACAGAUGGAAUUGAUGACAAAAAAAGGUGGUCAGGGGCACAGUGAACUUGAUGCGAACUUCACGGUCAGUCAGGCACAGAAAACAGCUGGUCAAAUGGCAGCCCUAGAAAACGCAGUAGACAUAAAAGUCGAAAACUUCUCGAUCAGUGCGAAAGGAAAAGAUUUAUUCUUGAACGCGAAUCUCUUGAUUGCCAACGGACGUCGAUAUGGUUUGGUCGGGCCUAAUGGACACGGGAAAACCACUUUAUUGAGGCAUUUAGCACAACGCGCCUUCCCGCUCCCGCCCCAUAUAGAUAUACUGUUGUGCGAGCAAGAGGUGACAGCCAGUGAUAUGUCAGCUGUAGAUACGCUCCUCGAAUCUGAUGUUAAGAGAACCGAAUUACUAAAGGAAUGCAAAGAGCUUGAAGCUGAAACAGAGAAAGGCAACCUCAGCAAACAGGAUAGACUUAAUGAGGUUUACGCAGAACUGAAAGCGAUAGGAGCGGACGCGGCUGAGCCUCGAGCGCGCCGUAUCCUCGCGGGUCUGGGCUUCAGCCGUGAGAUGCAGGAUCGACCCACCAAGAACUUCUCCGGUGGAUGGAGAAUGAGAGUUUCGCUCGCUAGAGCCCUGUACAUAGAACCGACUCUGCUGUUACUAGACGAGCCUACGAACCAUUUAGAUCUGAACGCCGUGAUCUGGUUAGACAAUUACCUGCAAGGAUGGAAGAAGACGUUACUAGUGGUAUCUCACGAUCAAUCUUUCUUGGAUAACGUUUGCAACGAAAUCAUACAUUUAGAUCAACAGAAAUUGUUUUAUUACAAAGGCAAUUAUUCGAUGUUCAAGAAAAUGUACGCACAGAAACGAAAGGAGAUGAUCAAGGAAUAUGAGAAACAAGAGAAGAGGAUAAAGGAACUGAAGGCCCACGGACAGUCCAAGAAGCAAGCCGAAAAGAAGCAGAAGGAUGCGUUGACGCGGAAACAGGAGAAGAACCGCAGCAAGGCGCAGCGCGAGGACGAGGACGGCGCCGCGCCCGUCGCCCUGCUGCAGCGGCCUAAGGAGUACAUCGUCAAGUUCAGCUUCCCCGACCUGUCGCCGCUGCAGCCGCCCAUCCUGGGACUGCACGACGUGGAUUUCAACUUCCCCGGUCAGAAGCCUCUCUUCAAGGGCGUGAACUUCGGUAUCGAUCUUAAUUCUCGUAUCGCGAUCGUGGGCCCCAACGGAGUCGGGAAAUCGACGUUCCUGAAGCUACUCGUCGGCGAAUUGACUCCUAUACGCGGCGAACUGUUUAAGAACCACAGAUUGAGGAUAGGCAGAUUCGACCAGCACUCUGGCGAGCACCUGACGGCGGAGGAGACGCCGGCGGAGUACCUGCAGCGCUUGUUCGGUCUGCAGUACGAGAAGGCGAGGAAGGCGCUCGGCACGUUCGGGCUGGCGAGCCACGCGCACAUCAUCAAGAUGAAAGACCUCAGCGGCGGACAGAAGGCCCGCGUGGCGCUCGCCGAAAUGACCCUCAUGGGGCCCGACGUUAUCAUUCUGGAUGAACCCACAAAUAACUUGGACAUCGAGAGUAUAGACGCGUUGGCCGAAGCGAUCAACGACUACAAGGGGGGCGUGGUCAUAGUGUCCCACGACGAACGACUUAUCAGAGAGACGGAUUGCGCGCUCUACGUCAUCGAAGAUCAGACCAUCAACGAGGUCGACGGUGACUUCGACGAUUACCGUAAGGAGCUCCUCGAGAGCCUCGGUGAGACGGUCAACUCACCAUCCAUCAUCGCUAACCAAGCAGUCCAACAAUGAUAUUGUAAAAAUAAUGGUCUUCCUCACACUCAAAGCUAUUCACUGAUGAAAGAUGCUUAAGGAUAAUGUUUUAAAAUGUAUUAAUUGCUUGAUUGUGUAAAUAAAUUAUAUUACUGCUUCUAAAAAUUGAUUGCGGCAUGUAUACCGUGAGCGGGGCGCAUAUUGCACGCCCGUGCAUGUCCGACGUGUCCGGCGAACGACAGCAUAGGACGGUCUGUCAUAAUGCCCUCGGGAUUCACGGUCUACGAACAUACCGACUUACAUUUAGCUAAUUAUCGUAAGCAAUAAUAGUGUAUGCAUAUGAAAAGUGCCUAUCCCGUCAAAGGGACGUUUUGUCUGUGGUUUUGUCAUGAAUUAAAUUAAAUUUUGGUUUCAAGAAAUCUAAAGCGUUAUGAAGUCGCGUCGUAGGUACGUUUAAAUAUUUGAACGUUUUGAUUCACGCGGCGUGUUGGAUCGCAUUAAAACGAUGAACUAUGCAUAACUUCGAAUUGAUUAUAUUUUAUCUAUGUAUUUAAAGAGGAUAAUCUGUUAAAGUGAGCUAUUUAAAAAAAAAAGUCCGUUCUCUGACAAGCUAGACGCCCGCUGUAUCAAGUGUAGCGUUGUACGGCAAUAACUAGCCAUCGAAUUUUACCACAAUUACGUACGACACUUUCACGAUAUACUGCCCCGAUGAAGAUAAUGUUAUUUGGUGAAAAUUAAACACGAAGAAUUUAUUACAUAAUGUAGUUACAUCAUAUUAUAUCCAUCGCGAAAGUGCCUCAAUCGAUAAAUAAAAGACCUAACCGUUUGUAUAAAAUAAACUUAAAACAAACAAAAGGAAUAAGUCCGACGGGGACACGUG